AACAACCUAUUAACUAUGAACUUUUUGAGUUAGAAAAAGUUGUGAGUUAGUCACUCAUUAAAGAUUCAUUAUCUGUGCGUGUUAUACUCUACGUCUGCUGACGUACCGUUGAGUAAGUAGAGCAUUGCUGCUGAGGUUCAAAGGACUGGACACAUCAGGGUCCGAGAGUCCAGACGUGUGAUGCACGAGCCUCUUGUUUGUCUCGCGUCUUGGCAGCCGCCGUGUGCUGUACAGGGGGAGAGCUGCAGGGCUGAUAAAGCGCGUCUGCCCGGAGGGGUGGAGAGGAGGGCAGACACAGACAGAGGGCAGGACUGGCAGGGUGCGGCUGCUUCAGUAGCAUCUGAGCUCGGGUCGCUUCCAUUUCCAUCUCAACUGAGAGCAGCGCGCCACAGCGCAGUAGUCAAACAGCCGAGCCGGGAGCCAGAAACCGCUGCGGGACGCGCGCUCUGACCGCGGCUCUGCGCAACCAGGACCCGCCUGCAGGCGACUCUAAACGCGCUUGCCAAGAUAAACGGAACUUCUCUAUUUAUUCCCCCUGUCUCCGCUUGGACUGAGAGAAAGCGAGUUUUACAGACCUGAGAGGAGGACCGACGAGCUGGCACCAGCCUCGCCGCCUGAGGAACCCUACGUUUGCCGGGGUGUCUUUCCGUGCGUAAAAGGAUGGUGAGCGCCAGGUGUCCUAAUAGACUGGUCCUCCUCCCCCUCCGGUGAUCUUGCGCGGGGACUGAAGCUGAGAUUGGGGGAGGAGGCUCGCUUUACCAUCAUCUUCACUAUCUUUGACACUCCAUCUUCUGGAGUGCCCGCUGGCACCGGUUGGCAUGAGACUCUCCACAGCGGCGGCGCUCCUCACCGGCUUCAUCUUGGCUUUCUCGCCGGCGUACGACAGCUGCGGACCGGGCAGAGGUUACGGCAAGAGACGGACUCCAAGGAAACUCACGCCUCUCGCCUAUAAGCAGUUCAGUCCGAACGUUGCCGAAAAAACCCUGGGAGCCAGUGGAAGGUAUGAGGGGAAGAUAAGCCGCAACUCCGAGCGUUUUAAAGAGCUCACGCCCAACUACAACCCAGACAUCAUCUUCAAGGAUGAGGAGAGCACAGGUGCGGACCGCAUGAUGACGCAGCGCUGUAAGGAUAAACUGAACUCUCUGGCCAUCUCGGUGAUGAACCUGUGGCCCGGCGUGCGUCUGCGUGUGACGGAGGGCUGGGAUGAAGACGGCCAUCACUCUGAAGAGUCCCUGCAUUAUGAGGGCAGGGCGGUCGACAUCACUACCUCGGACCGCGACCGGAACAAAUACGCCAUGCUGGCCCGUCUGGCAGUGGAGGCCGGCUUCGACUGGGUCUACUACGAAUCCAAAGGCCACAUACACUGCAGUGUCAAAUCAGAGCACUCAGUAGCAGCUAAGACAGGCGGCUGUUUUCCUGGAGGUGCUCUGGUGAUGAUGGAGGACGGCACUUGUAGAUCAAUCCGAGACCUACGAGCAGGAGACCUUGUUCUGGCCUCGAUGGGAAGUGACGGGACUGGAGAGCUCGUGUACAGCAAAGUCCUCACCUUCCUGGACCGUAGCCCCAUUACCCAGAAGCACUUUCAUGUGAUCAGCACCGAGGAUGGGGCUAGUGUCUCCUUAACGGCAGCUCAUUUACUGUUUGUCUGGGUCGGGAACUGCUCCAGCGGGGGCCAGCCAAAGCCUGGACCCCCCCGGAUGAUAUUUGCCAGUGAUGCCCAGCCAGGGCAGUGUUUGCUGAUCGUCGAUGAGGGAGAUCUCAGGAAGCGUGUUUCACGGAUCUCUCGAGUGGAGGUGCGGGAGGACCGGGGGGCUUACGCCCCACUGACUGCCCAUGGGACUUUGGUGGUGAAUGGAGUGAUGACCUCGUGCUACGCUGCGGUGAACGAACCACGGCUAGCUCACUGGGCAUUUGCACCUCUACGCCUGUUGUAUAGCUGGACCGGACCGGAUCGGAUCCUUAAGAACGGCUUACACUGGUACUCUCAGGUCCUACUUAGCGUGGGAACACUACUGCUAGACUCAGAACUCUUCCACCCCUGGGCCUUAGAAGAUCAUGAAAGAUGAUAGAUUGAAAACGAACUCAGAAAUGAGUGAGUGGUGGAACGAUGGAAACGAUUGAACGCUCAGGGUUUAUCACUUAAAGGGAUAGAUCACACGAAAAUAAAGAUUCAGUCGUUUUUUUUUCACAUCUUCAUGUUGUUCCAAACCUGCAAGACCUUGUUCAUCUUGGAACACAAAUUAGGAUUUUUUUGAUUAGAUCCAUGCGCUUUCUGACCCUGCAUAGACAGCGAUGCAGCUAUCACAUUUAAGGCCCAGAAAGGUAGUAAGGACAUCAUUAAAAUAGUGCUUCAGUUGUUCAACUGUAAUGUUAUUUGUUAAUUUUCGAUGACUGACAUGAAAGACAAGAAAUCAUUAUCUUUGUUUUCUUUGUGCACCAAAAGUAUUUUCGCAGCUUUAUUAAAUUAAACUGGAACCACUGAUGUCACAUGGACUAUUUUAACAAUGUCAUGACUACCUUUCUGGGCCUUAAAUGUGUCAGUUGUGUUGCUGUCUAUGCAGUGUCAGAAAGUUCAUAGAUUUCAUCAAUAAUAUUUUCAUUUGUGUUCCGAAGAUGAACAAAGGUCUUAUGGGUUUGGAAAACAUGAGGAGAUUUAUUAAUGGCAGAAUUUAAAUUUUUGGGCAAACUAUGCCUUUAAGAGGAUAGUGCUAAGAUAGGCGUAAUGUACCAAAAGCAGACUUUUUAAUGACUAAAGGCAAAGAGUGUCAUUUCUGUGCAUCAAAUAACGCCAUGCAAAAAAAUGAUUUUUAAUGCCCAGAUAAUUCCAACCCCACACUCACGUCAUGGACUCUUUUUCAAAUUUCCAGGGUUCUCAGAAGGGGAAAAAAAACUUCUAUGAAGUGCUGCAAGGAUGACCUGUUUUUGUAGACCGAAAUUAGGAGACAAAUAUUUAUCACUUAAAGUUCCAUCUUCUAGAAUUAUUUUCAAAUGGUCCGUUGGUUAAAUGUCUGAAAAUAGGUCUGUAGUUAACACAAGAUCAAGAUAUUUUCACAUUAUGACAUCAAAUAUAUCAACAAUGCUUGUCUUUUGCAUGUCUGAAAAGGCAGAUGCUGCCAAGGAAAGUCUAAAAGGAAAUGCAGAGGUUGUUGAGGAUAUUACACAUCAUCACGCCAAACAGGAAAACUCAUCUACUCACAAGCCCACCUUCCUCCAUGUGUUUCAGGAGACACGCUUGAUCAUGCAAGAGUCACGGUAUUGUCUGUUUAAAGCAAUAGGCUAAUGAACCAAAUGUGCAAGAAUUAUAAAUAUUUGUUGGUCACAGAGUUUAUUUUCUUCCUUAAUCCAAAAGUCAGUGGAAAAAUACGACUGGCUUUUUGUUGAGGGAACCAGCGUGAUGCGAACUUUAAGGUCGUCCUACGAAACUGUCAUCACUGCAGCGCUCUGCACACUUGCAAGGAUAAUAACCGGGGAAAAGCAUCUUCACCGUCUGUGAAAAGGGUCAAAUGGAGCAGUGCCAGUGUUUACACUUUUUCGGGAGAAUAAUCAUACUUAUAGCCGUAUAAGCUAAAAUGAAAAAAACGUAUUUCACAUUGAAAAAAUUUCACACAUCACCUUUAACUGUAAAAAGAAGAGAUUACAAACUGACCUCUUGUCUUGCUUCUUAUAGAAAUUGUGAGAGACCAAACAUUUUUUAUUUGUUCGCUAUAAUCCAGUGUCUUUCCUCAUUAGAUUGUCAUUAGUCUUAAGACAGUCUGCUAAACUAUUUUAAAAAUGUUAUUUCAAAUAAAGUACUUUGUAAUAUCGUUAAGGUAAUAUAAGGUAUUCGGGUAAAGUAUUUAAAAUCUAUUUUUGAAAUUAAACUUUAUACAAAUUAUUUAUUUUGUCUCGUAUUUGCUCUUUGCUGGCUAUGACAGUUUCUUUUCUUCAUUAUUUUUGUUAUCUGUGUGAUGUGUUGUCUGUGUCAAGGGUCCUCAGCCUUUUUUUUUUGACUCCAAAUACCCCAUUUGUGUUUUAAUAAAAACUGGUUUAGAA